AUGAGUGGCAGUACCGCUCUGCAGGGCCGAAGCUGUCUCAUCACCAAUGCGGCAAGCAGUCCCCUCGCUGCUCAGCUGGUCACUCAUCUCUUCACAUCUGGCGUCAAUCUAGCGCUCUGUGACCUCAACAGAGACGCAGGAAAGAAUCUGUGCGGCGACUUGGCAAGCAAACCGCUCGCUCCCGGGGGGAGACGACCCCAUCUGCUCUUCGCCCACUGCGACACAAAGGACAACGAUGCUCUGAGACGCUUCGUCGCGGAUGUCAGCAAGCAGUUCACCCGCUUGGAUGGCAUCGUCCAUUUACCCUUGCCGCGAUCAGAUCCACAGCCCCUUCACCGAAUGGAGCCAUCUGACUUUAUCACCCCUCUGACAGCUUCGCUCACAUCUGCCUUCAACGUCAUACAAGCUGCAUUGCGCGUCUUUCAUCGGCAGAAGGAAGUCGCAGAUCCACCGGACGGAGACUAUUCCGUCGUCAUCGUCGGUGACGAGCUCGCGCUGCAUGCAGGCGAGCAACUCUGCAGUCACACUGCCACUCAACACGCAAUACUAGGACUGAUCAAGACGGCCGCAAGAGAAGCUGGACCACAUCGUCUGCGCAUCAAUAUGGUCCUCGCCCCGCUUCUGGUCAGUCAGAGCACAGGACUAUUCUCGACACGGCCAGAAGUACCCAUGGAACGUGCUGCUACUCCCAAAGAGAUCAUAGGCGCCGUCUGCUUCCUACUUGGACCAACUUCCUCCUACAUGACCGGCACGCAUCUGCUCCUCGACGGCGGCAACGCAGCAUGA